AUUACGAGAUUAAAUAUCUACUACACAGUAUCUAAAACGUUUUUAAAGCGUAGUUGAACAGUCCAUAAAGACACUAAUUAAAACUUUAAAUGUAAAACUAAUGACGCAGAUUUUACAUUGUCACUAGAUCCGAAUGCGUAACUAAUUUGCAUAUGGAAUGCAGGUAGCACCAAUAAAUACUGCACUCCCACUUCAUCUAUAAUAAGAGAACCCUGAUGACCAUAACUUCUUAACUGCAUUUCAAUAAGCAGUAGUUGUUGUUUUGGCUUUGUUGUUUGCUUAUUUGUUCUUUAUUGUUCUUUUAAGACAACAUUUUAACAUUCUAUAAACCUAGGUUAUUUAGAAGUAACUUUCAUUUUAAAACAAAUCCUGAACUGCGAAACCUGGCAAUCAUAAUUGAAGUGUCUGAGUUCAUUUUUUUUUUUUUAAUACGUUUUUUUAUCAAACAAACCUCAAUGAAGUCCGACGUGCAGAGUGCCCAACAUUACACAGGCAGGAGGCGAAGUCUUAUUGAAGACGCCAGGAAAGAGAAAGAGGCAGGAUCUCCAACGUCCACCGACACGAAGGACGGUCUGGUGUUCAAACAAGAGAACGAGAGAAUCACCUUAAAUGUAUUCUUUACUCUGAGGAAUGCAAAAAACGCAGGUUUAUCAAAGACUGGCAAAGUUUUCGAGACAUGUGAAUCCAGGAUUCAUCACAUUGAAACCCGACCAACCAAAAAAUCAAAAAACGGCGUGGAAGAUCUGGAAUUCUUUAUAAGAUGUGAGGUGCACAGUUCCGAUAUCAACAUUUUAAUAAAUUCACUCAAAAGAGUAGCCGAUGACGUGAAAACUAGCAGAGAAGAGAAAGUACCCUGGUUUCCAAAAAAGAUAAGAGAUCUGGACAAAUGUCAUCAUUUAAUUACCAAAUAUGAUCCAGACCUAGACCACGAUCACCCCGGCUAUUCUGACCCAGAAUACAGAAAAAGGAGGUCGUUCAUUUCAGAAUUAGCUUUCAACUACAGAGAGGGUGAACCAUUGCCGAGAGUUGAAUACACACCAGAGGAAAUCGCUAUUUGUUGCACUACCUUAUUUUUAGAAAAGACGGGGUUCCAGUUACGACCAGUUGCGGGGUUGCUGGCUGCAAAAGACUUCCUGGCAAGCCUGGCAUUCCGUGUCUUUCAGUGCACUCAGUAUAUCAGGCACGCUUCCUCGCCCAUGCAUUCACCAGAACCUGAUUGCUGCCACGAGUUGCUAGGUCAUAUACCAAUGUUGGCAGACAAAGAAUUUGCACAGUUUUCACAGGAAAUUGGGCUGGCCUCACUGGGAGCUUCAGAUGAGGACAUUGAGAAACUUUCAACUCUGUACUGGUUCACGGUUGAGUUUGGACUCUGCAAACAAAAUGGGGUCAUAAAAGCAUAUGGGGCUGGCCUUCUAUCAUCCUAUGGAGAACUUCUGUAUGCUCUAUCUAAUGAGCCUGAAUACAAACCUUUCGAUCCGGAGAUAACUGCAGUACAGCCGUACCAAGACCAGACUUACCAGCCUGUUUAUUUUGUCUCAGAAAGCUUUGAAGAAGCAAAAACCAAAUUACGACAGUAUUCUUCAAAGAUCAAGAAAGCUUUCUCAGUUCGUUAUGAUCCCUUUACCUGUAGCAUUGAGGUUCUGGAUAAGCCUCAGAAAGUGAAAAACGCACUGAAUCAGAUGAGAGAUGAGCUGAAGAACCUCUGCUUUGCUCUGGAAAAGCUAAGCUGAGCUGAGCACCAUCUGCAUGGUCAAAAAUAUAUUGUAAUAGUGUGCUUAGUAAACCAUGUUCUGUAUGCUUUAUGCAUUUUACUUUGUGUUAAGGAACUCCUCUGUAGACACUGAUGAUAGCAUUAAGAUAUUAUAAUUAAACAGUCACUAGAAGAACAACAAAACACAGAUGAAUGAAUCCUUUACACUUAACCCACCAUUCUCAUGCCAUGAUUGCUAAUAAGUUAAAACUAUUGGAAACUAUGUAAAGUAGAUACAAGUUCUGUUGAAGUGUCUUUAAAGGGCUUCACAGCAUUGGAAAGAUAUGUGUUCUAAAUGUAUUGUCUACAUGAUUUAGGGUUAUAUUUGUUAAGUAUUAAUGUGCCAGCAAAUACAUUGCUAUCCUUCAUCACUAUCUUAGAAUUUGUGAUCCAUUUUUAAAUUGUUAGCAGCCACUGCCUGGUCCUUUUUGCUUCACAAUAAAAGGGUUUUUUCUAUUCUUAUUUAGUAACUUGUUAAAAUUACAGUCCCAUAAAUACAGAGGUUAAUUAUGCCAGCAGCUCUUAUUUUGAAGAAGAAGAAAAAAUUGGAGGUGACAAAACUAUACACAAUUCCCUAUCGAUAUUUAUUUGAUCAAAUAAAGAUUAAAAAGCUGCACAGUGACUUCUGUUGUUGUUGUUGUAAAGUGCUAAUUGACCAUGUAUGUUAAGUGACAGCAAAACAUGUUACAUGGUUUUACUGAAGGAAGUGGUAAACACCCAAAAGAAGACUAUUAUUAGGAGACCAAAAUAUAAGUCAUCAGGA